CAACGAAAUAGUUGCGGUAUUUUAAGCGUUUUGGACAUAUUGCCAUAAUAUUUCUCUCUCUCUCUCACGGGGAAGAAGAAUGAGCAAACAAAUACUCCUCCGUGUAUAAAAAACUGAAAAGUGGAUUCAAAACAUUAAACAUCUAUUUGAAGAGAGGGAAAUAGAGAAGAUCAAGCAAACAUGUCGUUUGAUUUACAGCUAAAGCCAUCAUGUGGAGGUUGCGGAUCCACUUCUGAUCUCUACGGAAGCAAUUGCAAGCAUAUGACACUCUGCUUGAACUGUGGAAAACGAAUGACUGAGAAUCGUGCUAAGUGUUAUGAUUGCGGUACUCAAAUCACUCGAUUGAUUAGGGAGUAUAAUGUUCGAGCAUGUUCUACUAGUGAUAAGAAUUACUUUAUUGGCAGAUUUGUUUCAGGAGUCCCAGGGUUUUCUAAGAAGAAAAAUGCUGAUAAUAAAUGGGCGCUCCGAAAAGAGGGACUUGCGGGGCGUCAAGUUACAGAUACCUUGCGGGAAAAGUUCAAGAAUAAACCUUGGCUUUUGGAGGAUGAGACAGGCCAAUUUCAGUAUCAUGGACACCUUGAAGGUGCACAAUGUGCAAGUUACUAUCUGUUAAUGAUGCAAGGGAAGGAGUUUGUUGCUAUUCCUGCUGGUUCCUGGUACAACUUUAACAAAGUUGCACAGUAUAAGCAACUAACCCUGGAAGAAGCUGAAGAGAAGAUGAAGAACAGGAGAAAGACUGCUGAUGGGUAUGAAAGAUGGAUGAUGAAAGUAGCAAAUAGUGGAGCAGCUACUUUUGGUGAAGUGGAGAGGGAUGAGAAGGAGGCUGGUGGAUCUAGGGGAGGACGUAAAAAAACAAAUGAUGAUGAAGAUGAAGGCAAUGUCUCAGAUAAGGGGGACGAGGAUGAAGAAGAGGAAGCACAAAGGAAAAAUAGACUCGGACUCAACAAGAAAGAUGGCGAUGAUGAUGAAGAAGGUCCAAGGGGAGGUGAUCUUGACAUGGAUGACGACGAUAUUGAGAAGGGCGACGACUGGGAACAUGAAGAAAUAUUCACUGAUGAUGAUGAAGCUGUUGGUAAUGAUCCCGAGGAACGAGAAGAUUUAGCUCCAGAAGUUCCUGCUCCCCCAGAAAUCAAGCAGGACGAAGAUGAUGAUGAUGAGGCUAAUGAAGAGGAGGGUGGUGGACUGAGCAAAUCUGGGAAGGAGUUAAAAAAGCUGCUAGGACGUUCAGCUGGAAUGAAUGAUUCAGAUGCCGAAGAGGAAGAUGAUGAUGACGAUGAAGCGGAUGAUGAUGUGAGCAUGUCACCUGUGUUGGCUCCAAAAAAGAAGGAUACACCUAAAGAAGAACCUGUUGACACUCCUGCAAAAGCAGCGCCAUCGGGAUCUACUCGUGCAACCCCAUCUACUACAUCCAAAUCUACGAAGUCAAAGAGAAAAGCAUCUGGGGAUGAUGGUAAAGUUGCCAAUAGUGCACCUUUGAAAAAGGUGAAGGCGGAAAAUGAAUCAAAAUCUUCUGCAAAAGAGGGGUCUGCAUCGGCUUCCAAAGUUAACAACGCCAUACCGUCAAGGAGUUCAGCUUCGUCUUCCGCCAAAGCUCCCGCAGAUCAAUCUACUGGCCCUGUUACCGAGGAAGAAAUCAGGGCUGUCUUGGUACAAGGUGCUCGAGUAACGACCCAAGACCUCGUGGCAAAAUUUAAAGCAAGGCUGAAGUCAAAAGAGGACAAAGAUGCUUUCGCUGCAAUUUUGAGGCGCAUUUCAAAGAUACAGAAGUUCAAUGGGGCCAACUACGUGGUAUUAAGGGAUAAGUAAUUUAUGUUUACCUGUAAACCUUUAUUCCUUGACUUCUUUCUUGGGUUGGAAUAUUAAAAUUUCAUUGCAUCUCCUGCUGAUAUGGAGAUCUGAGUUUUUGUAAGUGAAAACAGGAAUGUGCACUUGUCUGAAGUUAUAUAUAGCUUUCGUUUCAGGAUAA